AUGAAAAGGAGGGAACGUGUUCUUGAUCUUUUUAGAUUAUGUAGCAGUUGUAGCUCAGUCAUACAAUUGCAUUCUCUCACCAUCAAGACUGGGUUUGUUCAAGAUAGUUUUAUUGCCGCCAAGUUGAGUAACUGCUAUGUUAAAUAUUCAUCGCUUGAAGCCACACGCAAGCUGUUUGAUGAAACGCUUCAACCAACUGUGUAUAUAUGGAAUUCCCUCCUGAAAUGUUACUGUAUGAAGAAAUCAUAUGUAGAAACUCUUCAGCUCUUUCGUGAUAUGUUGUCUGUUGAAAUACCUGACCAGGCUACCAUAUCUAUUGCCUUAAAGGCGUGUUCUGGAUUGUUGGAGCUCAGGUAUGGAAGAAUGCUUCAUGGGUUUAUUAAAAAGAAGUAUGAGAUGGAUUCAGAUGUAUUUGUGGGGUCUGCUCUGAUUGACAUGUAUACAAAAAGUGGACGAAUGGAUGCAGCUUUAAGAGUUUUCGAGGAAUAUUCAGAUCCAGAUACUGUUAUGUGGACUCACAUUAUUACUGGAUACCAGCAGAAUGGCGACUCAUAUUUAGCACUAGACUUCUUUUCACGAAUGUUAAUGGAGGGGCAUGUAAGUCCUGACUCAGUAACACUUGUUAGUAUUCUUUCUGCCUAUGCACAGUUACCAGAUCUUAUGGCUGCAAGUUGUGUUCAUGGAUUUGUGAUUAAGAAGGGCUUUGAAAAUGUUCUUUCAGUUUGUAAUGCUUUACUAAAUGUUUAUUCAAAAUCUGGUUCCGUAGUUUCUGCAGCUACUUUAUUUAGGAAAAUGGAAGAAAGAGAUGCCAUUUCUUGGGCUUCUAUGGUUUCUUGUUAUGCUCAUAAUGAAGCUGCUGAUGAUGCGUUAAAUCUUUUCAACGAAAUGAUGUGUAAAAGGGUUGAACCCAAUCUGGUGUCUGUUAUAAGUGCUCUUCAAGCAUGUGAAGCCAUGUGUAACUUAGAAGAAGGCAAGAAGAUCCAUGAAGUUGCUGUAAGAAAAGGGUUUGAGUUAGAUGUGUUUGUCUCUACAGCUCUAAUUGACAUGUACAUGUUCUGCUCUUCCCCUGAUGAAGCCAUGGAACUCUUUGAAAGGAUGCCUAAGAAAGAUGUAGUUUCUUGGAUAGCUUUGUUAAAUGGAUGUGUCCAAAAUGGAAUGGCAUAUAAGUCAAUGGAGGUUUUUGUUAACAUGUUGUCUAUUAAAAUCCAACCAGAUGCUAUUCUUAUGGUGAAAAUCCUCACAUCUUGUUCAGAAUUAGGAGUUCUUCAACAGGCUAUGUGCCUUCAUGGGUAUGUCAUCAAAUGUGGUUUUGAAGAUCAUUCCUUUGUUGGAGCUUCACUCAUUGAAUCUUACUCUAAAUGUGGUAGUUUGCAUAACGCCAUUAAAGUAUUCAAAGCUAUAGAUGAUAAAGAUGUUGUGAUUUGGAGCACAAUGAUUGCAGGUUAUGGAAUUCAUGGGAAGGGGAGGGAAGCUAUUGACUUAUUCAAUUCCAUGGUCAAGAUUUCAAGGAUCAAACCGAACAACGUGACAUUCCUUUCAGUUUUAUCUGCAUGCAGCCAUGCAGGGUUGGUUAAAGAAGCAGUUGGGCCUCAGAUAUGGGGUGCUUUGAUUGGUGCAUGUAGGAUUCAUCAUAACACAAAAUUGGGAAAGAUUGCAGCAAGUAAACUGUUUGGUUAUGAUUCGAGUCAUGUUGGGUACUUGAUUCUGUUAUCAAAUAUGCAUGCUGUCAAUAAGGAUUGGGAUAAUGUAUUGAAACUUAGAUCAAUGAUUAAAAGAAAUAACUUGAGUAAGGUAAAUGGUCAAAGUGCAAUUGAGGUAAAGAGCGAGGUUCAUAGUUUUACUGUGGAUGAUAGAUUUCACCCUCUGGGGGAGACUAUUCGUGGGUUGCUUAGGUCAUUGGAAGCGACGAUGAGGGAAGAAGGAUGUUGUAUCAGGAGGCGUAUGGGGAUAAGAUACGAUGUUGUUUUUGUGUCAUUGUGUAAGCUGUUUUCUUUUUCCAAAUGUAUUCUGGUGUUUGUCUAA